AUGCUAGCUAGAGCGCUUCCUUCAAAACAUACACAAGACAGGUGUGUCAGGAUGGAGGAGGAAUUAAAAUGUCCUCGGUGUUCUGGAUUUUUCUGUGACCCUCUCGUGCUUCCGUGCUCACAUUCUUUGUGUUCAGGAUGUGCUGAAAAGAUUCAGGAACCGUCACAGAAUUUUAUUUCCCAAAUUGAAGAUCCUGCUACACCUGUCAUAGCUGAUUCGGAAACGAAAGACUUUCCCGACAUCGACAAAGUUAGCCUUGUUAGUGAAACGGACAGCGGUGUUGUCUGUAACAGUAGACCUAAUAGUUAUGUUGGAACAGCCAGCAUAUCCAACAUAUUUCAAGCAGUCCAUGGAAGUGUUUACGGAAUUAAGUGUCCGGUCUGUAAGAAAAACGUUUUCUUGGAUGAAAAUGGUUAUCAUUCACUACCAAAAAAUAAAGUUUUGGAAAUUAUUGUUGAUAAGUAUUGUGGUGACCAUAAUAAAAAAGUCAAUGUUUUCAUUAAAUGUGAAUUGUGUGACCAAGAAAACAAAGCUGCUUCAGUCAUGUGUGAACAAUGUGAAGUAUUUUAUUGUGAAAACUGCAAAAAUAGAUGUCACCCGUCUCGGGGGUCUCUAGCUAAACACAACCUGGUGGACCCAGUACAGGGGAAAGCAAUAAUUCGUGCCAAAAAUAAAGGGAAAGAGGCAAAAUGUCGGGAACAUGGUGAAGAGCAUCUUAGUAUGUACUGUUUAGUUUGUAAAACUCCUGUCUGCUAUGUCUGUCAUCAAGAGGGUCGUCAUGUGAAUCAUGAGGUUCAAGCCCUAGGGGCCAUGUCCAAGUCACACAAGGUAAGAAUGCAUCAAAAGAAAACAGCUACAAUGGACCUGUCAUCAUUAUGUCACAAUGUCACAAGCCUAGUUAAUCUAGUAUUGUGGCCGUGUGAUCACCAAUAA